GGACAGGAGGGCAGCAGCGUCCUGGUGGAGUCCGUGGGUCACGCCGCCUGGCGCCCAUCCAGUUCCCAGAGCAGCCAGGGACCUGGUGAGGCGGCUGGGACGCCAGGGCCUCUGCAUGACUCCUGUGGGCGCCUGAGCGAGCGGCAGCCGCCGGCAAGGCCAUGGCCAGCACAGCCGUGCAGCUCCUGGGCUUCCUGCUCAGCUUCCUGGGCCUGGUGGGUACGCUCAUCACCACGAUCCUGCCGCACUGGCGCCGGACGGCGCACGUGGGCACCAACAUCCUGACGGCCGUGUCCUACCUGAAGGGGCUGUGGAUGGAGUGCGUGUGGCACAGCACGGGCAUCUACCAGUGCCAGAUCUACCGCUCGCUGCUGGCGCUGCCCCGCGACCUGCAGGCGGCGCGCGCGCUGAUGGUCAUCUCCUGCCUGCUGUCGGGCGUGGCCUGCGCCUGCGCAGUGGUCGGCAUGAAGUGCACGCGCUGCGCCAAGGGCACCGCGGCCAAGACCACGUUCGCCGUGCUGGGCGGCGUGCUCUUCCUCCUGGCCGGCCUGCUCUGCAUGGUGGCCGUGUCCUGGACCACCAACGACGUGGUGCAGAACUUCUACAACCCGCUGCUGCCCAGCGGCAUGAAGUUCGAGAUCGGGCAGGCCCUGUACCUCGGCUUCAUCUCCUCGUCCCUGUCGCUCAUCGGCGGCACGCUGCUCUGCCUGUCCUGCCAGGACGAGGCGCCCUCCAGGCCCUUCCGGGCGCAGCCCCGGGCCGGCACGGCCACCGCGCCCGCCUACCGGCCACCCGACGCCUACAAGGACAAUCGGGCCCCCUCGGCCACCUCGACCUCGCACAGCGGGUACAGGCUGAACAACUAUGUGUGAGUGCCCAGGGCCUGUCCCUCCCCCAGCCCCCGAGAGACGCCGGGACCCAGCCUGCUGACCGCUUUGCGGUCCCGGCACCAAGUUUACUUCUGGGCUGCUUUUGUGUCCAAAGGAAUAACGUGAACCUGAGGAAAUGGGCUUAGAAUGCAGGGAAGGAGGGGAAAUGAGGAGAAAAGCUCUACAUACCAAAGACAAAAAAAGAGAAAGAAAGAAAGAAAAGAAAAUCCUCUCUGUUUUUGUAUUUAUUAUAUGUAUUUAAGCGAGUGAUUUAAUGACCGCUGAAUAAAAAGCGACUUGGGAGUUUGGUCAGUGGGGUUUGCUUGCAAGCCAGGAAUAAAC